AUGCCGGGUAUUAGUGACAGGGCUAACUCACAGACGGAGACACACAAGCCGGGUAUUAGUGACAGGGCUAACUCACAGAUGGAGACACACAUGCCGGGUAUUAGUGACAGGGCUAACUCACAGAUGGAGACACACAGGCCGGGUGUUAGUGACAGGGCUAACUCAGAGAAGGAGACACACAGGCCGGGUAUUAGUGACAGGGCUAACUCAGAGAAGGAGACACACAGGCCGGGUAUUAGUGACAGGGCUAACUCAGAGAAGUUGACACACAGGCCGGGUAUUAGUGACAGGGCUAACUCAAAGAAGGAGACACACAGGCCGGGUAUUAGUGACAGGGCUAACUCACAGAUGGAGACACACAGGCCGGGUAUUAGUGACAGGGCUAACUCACAGAUGGAGACACACAGGCCGGGUAUUAGUGACAUGGCUAACUCAGAAAAGGAGACACACAUGCCGGGUAUUAGUGACAGGGCUAACUCAGAGAAGGAGACACACAUGCCGGGUAUUAGUGACAUGGCUAACUCAGAGAAGGAGACACACAUGCCUGGUAUUAGUGACAGGGCUUACUCGGAGAAGGAGACACACAGGCCGGGUAUUAGUGACAUGGCUAACUCAGAGAAGGAGACACACAGGCCGGGUAUUAGUGACAGGGCUAACUCGGAGAAGGAGACACACAGGCCGGGUAUUAGUGACAGGGUUAACUCGGAGAAGCAGACACACAGGCCGGGUAUUAUUGACAGGGACUAA